GUGAGUUUGUCUCCAGGCUUUGCAUUUCCUAAAUAAGAAAAAGCUUCGGUUGGGCGUUGAAGCAACUUAGUUCGUUCUAAAGUCUGAGAAAAUGACGGUGUUACAUUUUACUGUUCUGUUUACUACCCUUUUUUUGCUGCUAGACUCAUCGUCUGCAGAUUGCACGUUCAAUUUGGACACCUCUUCACCUGCUUAUCCUCCUCACCUCGUUGAUUCUUUUGGGAAAAUCAUCCAGCCGACUCUACAGAAUGGGGUUCGUAUUAUCACCUUAGCUGAUAACCAAGACGUCACGGUAGCCUGUGAAGGCACUGGCAACGUUCUCACGGCUACCAACGUGCAAAUCAAUUCAGGGAAAUGUGUCACUGCAGGAUCUUCUCUUCAGAUUGGCACUCAGAACUUGGCAUACGGAUCAUUAGGCUGCAAAACGGCUGUCAAAGAGACCAUUAAAGAAACUGGGACGUGCGCUGUUGGUGGAACACAAAUUGAAAUCGGUUGGCAGGUCAGCACAAGGUUCAUCAACCAAAUGACCAUUUGUCAUGUCAAAUCCACUGCCAAUACUCUGUACUCAAUCAACGCCAUCUGUGGAGCCAAUGUCGCCGCCGAUGAUAAGUCCAAUUUACGUCCGUCUUUCCGUAAAGGAGCCUUUUACGUUGGCAUUAACGUAGACACUGCCUACAGCCAAGCCGGGCAAAACGUCAGCGUGGCAAAUAUAGUCGGUUCUGCCCAACUUGCGACCACGUACAUUGACGUGGGCAAAAGUUAUUAUUUUGCCCGUGGUCACUUGGCUCCAGAUGGCGAUUUUAUUGAUGCUGGAAGCCAGGACGCCACCUACUAUUACAUCAACGCUGCGCCGCAAUGGCAAUCCUUCAACAAUGGCAACUGGAAAUCGCUGGAAUUCGGAGUCCGCGAUCUCGCCAUCGGCCGUGGUCGUGAUUUGACGAUUUACACGGGAACUCACGAAAUUCUGACGCUUGCCGAUAUUAACGGUGUUCAAAAGCCAAUCUACCUGGCUAAAGAUACCAAUAAUAAUAAUGUCCUUCCAGCUCCUAAAUACUACUGGAAAGUGGUCCAUGAUCCGGUCACUAAUACUGCCACUGCAAUCAUCGGCAUCAACAAUCCGCAUUUGACGACGAUUACAGGAGCUGAUGUUUUCUGUGCCGACGUUUGCAAUCAACUCACCUGGAUGACGUGGACCAACCGGUUUGAGAUUUCCAAAGGUUACAUGUUCUGUUGCACGGUCGACUCGCUCCGCAACGUUGUGGCUCAUGCCCCCAACCUGGGCAAUUUGAAUCUCUUGGUCUAAUAGAGAUUUCAAAGAAAAAUAGUUGUAAGUGCAAUCUAAAAAUGAUUCUAUGCCUGGUUGAAUUUGCUGGAAUAAAACAUGAUUUGAAGAA